UGAUGUGUAUAUUUUAUGGCAACAUAUUUCAUUUCCAUUUUUGCAUUAUUCUAGAUGCCCAGGCAACAAUAUCGGGGCCCUCGGAAGUAUUUGUGAAGAAAGGCAGUACAAUAUCACUUACAUGUAGCGUAAACGUUCAUUCCACACCACCAUCCUCCGUUUUAUGGUAUCACGGUCCAGCGGUGGUCGACUUCGACUCUCCACGUGGUGGAAUUAGUUUAGAAACGGAAAAAACAGAAGCCGGAACGACAAGUAAAUUGCUGAUCACUAAAGCAUUACUGUCUGAUUCUGGAAACUAUACGUGCGUACCGUCCAACGCAAGUCCUGCGUCAAGCAUCGUGCACGUUCUUAAUGGAGAGCACCCAGCCGCAAUGCAAACGAGCACAGCUAGUCCAAAACGCCAAGUUCUAGUAAUGGUAAUCGUAUCAGUACUGGUCUUAACUGAAAUUAGAUGAUCUCAUCUUUCCUAAUGAAGUUCGUUUAUUACUAUACGACUUUAACGAAAUAGUGCUAAUAAACUCAAGUGGUGUAAAUACUAGAAUAAGGUGUGACAAUGAAGUGAUUUGUGUUUCUCGAAAACUGAAACGUAUUUUUAAUUCAGAUGUGGUGCUAUGUUCUAUACUCACACCCCAUUGAAAACGAUAUCACCAAUGGUUGUGAAAGUGCUUAAAGCAAAUUUUUCGGUGGUAAAACGUAAACUUUUGAAUACGUCCAUGUCGUGUACAUACAAACGAUGUCGAUAUAAAUCAAACGGACUUAAAAAAUCAUAGAUUAUAAUAGAACUGUUCACUGUAAUAACUAUUAUUACAUGUUCAUAUUUUAUGUAGAUCUCCUUCACUGUUAGAUAUUACAACAUUAUUGAUUCUAGCUUAUUUUGAAAA